AUGGACGACCUCACGAUGGGUGGUGGUCCACCGCCCGGCCGCACCCGCCGCACGCGCCGCAACCGCGUUCGGUUCUCGUGCAGCCACUGCCGCGACAAGAAGCUCAAGUGCAACCGGGUGCUGCCGUGCGACCAGUGUGUGAAGCGGAGCCUGGGGUCGAUGUGUCAGUACAUGCUGUACACGGCGUACGGCGAGAGUGUAGGCGAGAGUGCAGGCGAGAGUGCAGGCGGCCAUGUCCAUGCCGAUGCCCAUGCCCGGCGGCCAUCACUGAAACGAAACCACGCCAUGACGGAAAGCCCAUACGAGAUGCAAGAAUACGAGUACGAGGCCAUGUCGACAGGAGGAACGAGCCGUCGCGGAUCGGUCGACGAGCAGCAGCAGCAGCCACUGUUCCCGGCACCAUUGUAUCCGCCAGCAGGCACUUUAUUUCCGCAUCACCAACAUCCACAUCAACAAGACCACCGUCGACACCAGCCGAUUCCUCGCUCCCAUCCACAUCCACAUCCACAUCCACAUCCACAGCCACAUCCACAGCCACAGCCACAACCGCCGACCUGGCCCUUUUUACCACUUCCACCGCCGCUUCUCCACGACACCAAAAGCCAAUCUGUGCCCGAGCGGCUCAAGUACCUCGAACGGCUCGUCCUGUUCCUGGCAGCACGGAACCGAGACCAACAGAGUCCUGCCUCGCUGGGGCCCGCCCCGGCCGUCGACAGCAGCGACGGCUCCGAGUACGGCGACGACGCCAAGAGCACGGCCGAGAGCGUCGAGAGCGUCGAGAGCAUCGACAGUACAAGUGCAAGUGCGGCCAGUGCAGGUGUUGCCAGCGUGGCAGGCCCCGGCGGCGCAAUCAACGUGGCCGAGUUCCGGUACGCCGACCCGUCCAACUGGGACGGCGUGCUGGACGACAUUGUCGGGCUGACGCGGGACCUGGUGCUGGCGGACGACACGACGCUGCUGCAGCAGCACCUCCCCGGCGGAUGGGACUUUGGCCCGGGGUCGUCUGGGCAAAUUGCCAUCACCAACAGCAGCAACGACAACCACCACCACAACAACCACAACAACAACACGCUCGCCUUGUUUGCCGGCUACAGCGGCCUGCCGCCCGGGCCCACCGACAUGCUGCGGUUCCUGCCGCCGCGGCCGGUCGUCGACGUGCUGGUGGACCGCUUCUUUGCGAGUCUCUGCCGGGUGGAGGGCUUCGGCGGCGUCCACGCGCUGCGGCUCCUCUUCCACGCCGCCGCGUUCCGGCGCCAGUACGACGUCUUUUGGAGCGACCCGCAGCGGGCGUCCCCGUCGUACCUGGCGCUCCUGUUUCUGGUCCUGGCGCACGCCGCCCUGGCCUUUGUGGGCGGCGACAGCGACAGCGCGUCUGUUCCGGCCAGCACCUCGUCGUCCCCCGCGCGCGCCGUCCUCGGCAGCGACCCGCUGGCCGUGGUGGACGCCUGCCGCCACCGCGCCGCGCAGUGCCUGAUUCUCGGCGACUAUGCGCGACCCGGGCGGCACAAGAUUGAGGCCCUCGUGCUGUACUAUGGCGUCGAGUACCAGUGGCAGCGGCGGCGCGUGCAGGGCUCGGCGUCCGCUGCAGGGGGUUCCGGUGCCGGCAGCGCCGGCAGCGCCGGCAGCGACGCCGCCGCGCUCGCCUCGACGGCCAUGGUGCUCGCGCUGGCCGUGCGGCUGGCCAUGCACAUGGGCUACCACCGCGACCCGCGCCACGCCGGCGGCCGCCUGCGUCCCUUUGAGGGUGAGAUGCGCCGCCGCGUCUGGCUCGUGCUCGUCAACCUCGACCGCACCGCGAGCGCGGAGCUCCGGCUGCCGAGCAAUGUGACUGUGCGCCACGGGUGGAGCUCGUCGUCGGCCCGGACCACCGCCACCGACAGCGACACGGCCCUGCCGCGCAACCUGCACGACAGCGACCUCUACGAGGACAUGCCGGCGCUGCCCCCGGCACGGCCACCCACCGAACGAACCGGCGUGCUGUACGCCACGGCGCGUGCCGCGGUCUUGGCCGUCGUGGCCGACGUUCUCCAGCUGCGGCCGGUGCGGGCCUCCACCUCGACGUCGACCUUGACCCCCGGCCCCACGGUCGACUCCAAAGAGCGUGUCUCCGCCGACCCGGCCGGCGCCAACUUGGACCCCCUGCCGACACCGCCCACGUCGGCCAACACGCCCGCGCCCUCCGCCUCCACCACCACCAGCGCCACCAACAGCGGCUCGGCCUACGACGCCCGCGUCAUGCAGCUCGACCGCCGCCUCGCGGCCGCCUACCGCGCCCUGCCCGCGUGCUUGCGACUGCGAGGCGAGCCAGAGACUGCGACUGCCACAGCAGGCGGCGCCUCUGCCGACCGCGACCGUGAUCCGUUCGACCCCCGCGACCCCCCCGACCUGUGCGUCGAGCGCGUGCUGCUCGAGAUCCUGUACCAGCACGCGCGCCUGGUGCUCCACCGCCGGUUCCAGGGCACAGAGCGGGCGUCGCCGCGGUAUGCCUAUGCGCGGUGGGCGUGCAUCGACGCGGCCGUGCGGCUGCUGCGGCACCAGUACGACGCGUAUGUGGCGGUGCAGGACAACGGGUCGGGGGCGGGCCACCGCCUCGCGGCACACCGCUCGCUGUUGCUGUCGGACAGCGCCGUGACGCACGCCUUUUUGCUCGCCGACACGGUGCUGUGCCUCGAGGCGGCGUACGCCACGCGGCGGCCCGCGGGCGUGCCAGCCGGUGGGCCGUCUGAUGGGUCGUCCGGUGGGCCAUUGGAAUCGUCGGCAUCGACGACAGGUCCAGACAGUGGCGCGGCGUCGUCCGUGUCGCUGCCGCAGCUGCUGGGCCUGCUGCGCACCUCGCGCAGCAUCUGGGCCGCCCUGCAAGGCACGUCGAGCGAGGCAGCACGAGCGUACCAUGUGCUGACAAGGGUGCUGGCGGACGCGGACGACGACGACGACGACGACGACUAUGAUUCCAAUGAUGACGGUGAUGUCGAUGACGACGAGGCGGCCAUCAACACGGCGACGACAGCCCUGCCAGGCCACGCGAGCAUGUCCACCAUGGCCACAUGGCCGGCGUCGUCGACGCCGGCCCGCACUUGGCAGGACGCGGCGCCCGCAGUGGCCGCACCGCCGCCAACCACCGAGGCCGCCGCAGCGGACAGCAGUGGCACCAGUGGCAGCACCACGCCGCGCUAUGGAGGGGGCAGCGCGGUUCAGCGGCAGGACGAAGGGCAAGGGCAACUUGAACAACAGCAGCAGCAGCAGCAGCAACAGGGCAUUGGUUUCCCGCAGCUGACAUCGCCCACGCAGUCGUGGUCGGGACAGAUGAGCCAGAGAGGACAGGCAGGACAGGCAGGACAGGCACAAGCAGGUCAAUCCGGCCAGUCCGGUCAAUCAAGUGGACUCUUGCCUGUCUUUGUCGACAUGGCUAUGCCCAGCCCCAUCAACUACGGCCUGUCCAUGCAGUCGAGCCUGUCGGGUGUGUCUGGAGUGUCUGGAGUGUCUGGAGUGUCUGGAGUGUCUGGAGUGUCUGGAGUGUCUGGACUCUCUGAACUGUCUGGACUGUCUGGGCUCUCUGGACUGUCUGGGCUCCCUGGCCUCUCUGGCCUCUCUGGCCUGCCUAGCCUCUCUGGAUUGACUGGCCUCCCUGGCCUCCCUGGCCUUCUGCCGACCAUGCCUCUCCACUUCCCGACCACGAGCGCGGGCAUUACCAGCAGUCUGCUCACGCCGCUGGACGACGGCAAAAGCACGCAGGCCCUUGCCGAUGCUGCUGCUGCGUUUCCGGGCGACUGGAACACCUUGUGGCCCCGACCAGACGGCCAGUAA